AGAGGGCUGUCGGGAGAGUAACAUGGAAAGGGGAAGAAAUUGAAAUUGGCCUACACCUCAGUUUUAACAAGUGGUAUUAAUUCAGCAGACUUAUGAUAUCGCUGUAAACACGUUUUAAAAUAGCUAGACUUAAGGUACUAGCCAUGUUUAAUUGACCUGUUUUGUCGGACGCAGAAACCUAGGGCGGCUGGAAUAGCUUAGCUAGGUAGCUUUGGUUUGCUUUCCGCGCGGGUCAGUUCGCAUAACUGUUCAUAGCUAAUCUUAUAACGUUGCUGUCUAUGGUUCUUCCCAAGAUUCCGUUGUUUCGACUUUAGGCUAUUCUCAUCAGGCUGGUCUGAGAUGAAGGUGAAGAUCAAACAGUGGAACGGCGUAGCAGCUUGGUCCUGGGUAGCCAAUGAUGACAACUGUGGGAUCUGCCGCGCACCUUUUAAUGGAUGCUGUCCAGAUUGUAAGGUUCCUGGAGACGAUUGCCCGCUGGUCUGGGGCCAGUGCUCCCACUGCUUUCAUAUGCACUGUAUCCUCAAGUGGCUGAACUCACAGCAGGUCCAGCAACAGUGCCCUAUGUGUCGACAGGAGUGGAAGUUUAAGGAAUGAAGCCAUUGCCUGGUCUGCAUUGACACAGAGACAUUCAAACACAGACAUUUGUGGAAACAAUGUGGAAAUCAGUGCAACAAAGACGACGACGUUCAUAAUUUGUGUAUGUCACAUGUUUGUAUUCAGAGGAUGGUGGCAUUAUGUUGAAGUAAAGGACCAUGGCAAUGCUCAUUUUUAAAAAUGAUUUCUUAGCAGUUAGUUCACAUGUGAGCCUUGCACUCAGAAAGAGAAGUAAGCACUGAAGUAACAUAUGCAAAUAUUGCUCUUUAAUGCAGUGCCAGUGCCACAUAACAGUGGUGACCUGUGAAAGCAGUAGAGUUUGAUAAACUGAUUAUGAUACUUAAAUAAUAAAAUCUUGAUGCACAAGA